CGAAGAUGAAGAGGUUGGAGGAGGAGAUGAAGAGGGUACAACAAAAGGAGGAAGAAAGAAGGAAGGCUGCUGAAGCAGAAGCGGCAGCAGAAGAAGAGAAAGAGAGAACGAUAAUUGAGAGUGGAGAAGGGAGCAGUGGUGGCACGAUGAAGUGGGAGACAGAUACUGAGCUGGAGAAGAAGAUCAGCGAGUGGGUCGCUAAUUUAUCGUUGGGGGAAGACGAGGAGGCGAAGUCCUAUGUGACUAAGGAUGAGAAGGCUGCGCUGGCCGCUGAGCUAGCAGCCAUGACAGACCCGAUGGAACGAAGAGAGAGGGAAGACGAGCAAAAGUUAGCAUGGAAGUUGARAAUGAAGAGGGAGAAGAAGAGGAGGAGAGAGGAAGUGAAUAAGAUGACCGCAGCAGUGGCAAAGGUGCAGGAGUGUAGAGCGGAGGUGCUGGCCCAGCCAUAUGAUAAGGCCAAGUGGGACAAAGUACUGGGCUAUCUAGAGGUGCUGAGCAAGGCCUGGAUGGAGGAGCGCCAAGCAAGCUGGAGCCAGGAUGUAGCGUUGAGUGCCAUGCGGUCCGGGUUCAGGGAUUUUGCGCACGAAAUCGUCACCCACAUUGGGGGCGAAGUCAAACAGUUGAGGGACAAUGUAGGGAAGUUUUGUGAGGGCGCCAAUCAGGGUGCCAAAGCUGCAGCCGCUGUAGAAGGAGAGGGCAGACCCCGUAAGGACCCAGUGAAACUUAAGUUCCCAGACGCAUACGGGGGAAAGAAGGACGAAAACUUUGACAACUGGGAGGCCAGUGUCAAUAGUUACAUUUAUUUACAACAUAUCCUGAUAGAGGAGCAAGUCCUCGUGGCCUUCCAGGCCCUGAAGGAUGAAACGGCUAGCUUCGGCAGGUCUCUCGCGCGUACAGUCGGUUGCGAAAACAACCUGGUUGCAUAUUCCAAAGUCACUCCUCUUUCCCAAUUCCUCAAGCUCCUCAAGGAGCGGUUCGCUGACCCAACGCGAGGCAUUAGAGCCUCUGAUAAGCUUCAAACGAUCCACUCCCGGCAGUGGAGGAGUGCCAAGGCACUCAAGGGUACCAUGGACGACUUGGUAGCCGUCCCGGACCACGGGGUCACUGAGCCCCAGUUGGUCCAGUUGUUUUAUCGUGCCAUUCCAGAAGCCCUACGUGGGCAUUUCUUUGACAAAUCUCAGCAGGCCGGCAUGACUUACGAUGCAUUGAGUAGAGAAGUCGUCCUGUAUGAGUCGAAGUCUAUGCCAGUUACCACUUUCUGGCAUAAGGACCUGGAGAAGGGAAAAAAGUGGAAAGAUCGUACCAUCUCGGGCCAAGUCAAGGCCAAGGAUCACUUGAUCCUGACAUUAGAGAAGGGUGGUACAGAAGAGGUCCCAUAUGAUCAGAUUGAGUGGGGCCUAGGGAAGGAGUACAUUAGUGUAGGGCAGGGGAGGUCUUACGCUGCUGUCGCGGCUGGAGGGAGGCCGCAAGGUAGAGGAGGAGGCCAGGGCCAAAGGGGCCAGGCCAUGGGAGGCCGAGGACCGGGCGCGCAGGGGGUUGGCAGCCAAGGAAACCGCCAAGCGGGAGGUAGGGGUCAAGGUCCCCCGUCAAAUCGCCAAGGUUCAUUCCGGUCCCCACAGCGAGGAGGCGGAAGGGCACCUCAAGGUGGAUGGCACCCAGGCUUGCCGCAGGGCAGGCCCUGGGAAGAUUUGGGCUUGGACCAGCGUAUCUGGCAACAAUGCGUGGAUCAGGAAAACCGCACGAUGCGCGUUGAGGACUACGUAGAGGGAGUCCARGCGUACUUUCGCCUAGAGAAGAAUGGAAAAGUGGAGAAGGUCCUCCAUUAUUUGACUCUCCUCGUGCAGGAUGAUCUUCCUUUCGAUAUAGUGUUAGGAAUGGAUUGGGGAGAGGCAGCAGGGGCCACACUGCAUUUGAGAGAGCAUGAGUGUAGGCUCCCUAGCCCGACAGGCGAAGUUAAGACUGCCCGCUUGUUCCAUGUGUCGGGUGUAGACAACACCUUGGCACAUUGCUGUCUCAGUGCUCCCGCGUUCGCGCGAUUAGUCAAAAAGGAGCAGUUGGAAGACCAGGUCUUUGUAGUUUAUGUUAGACCUGUCACUGAGGCCCAGGAAAAGGAUAGCUCCACAGAUCCAACAAUUGCCAAGCUGCUGGAAGAAUUCAAAGACUUGACUGAGUCACCGACAGGAGUAGUGUCGCGACCCAUCCAGCACAGGAUAGAGAUAGAGCCUGGCAGUAGAUCUCCUAAGGGUGCAGUCUACAGGAUGUCCCCUAGAGAGUUAGAGGAGCUUCGCAAGCAGUUAGACGAACUCCUUGAGAAAGGUUGGAUCCGGCCCAGUUCGUCUCCUUUUGGAGCACCCGUUUUGUUUGUCCCCAAGAAGGAAGGAAAGCUGAGAAUGUGUAUAGACUAUAGGGGUUUAAAUGCGAUCACCGUGAAGAAUGUUGAGCCGCUGCCUCGGAUAGACGAUCUUUUAGAUCCGGUGCAGGGUUGUAAGUAUUUCUCUAAAGUAGACUUAAAGUCUGGAUACCAUCAGAUAGAGGUUCAUCCUGAUGAUCAGUACAAUGCUGCGUUCCGGACUAGAUAUGGGCAUUAUGAGUUUAUAGUGAUGCCCUUUGGACUAACCAACGCGCGAGCUACUUUUCAGCGUUGUAUGAAUGACCUGUUUAGACCAUGGUUAGAUAAAUUUGUAGUAGUCUACUUAGAUGAUAUCCUGGUCUUUAGUAAGACCCUCCAGGAGCACCAGGGUCAUCUGAGGCAGGUCUUGGAGAAGCUUAGAGAGGCUAACUUCAAGAUCAACGCGAAGAAGUGCGAGUGGGCCAAGACGCAAGUCUUAUACUUGGGCCACGUGUUGGACGGAGAUGGCAUUAAGCCAGAGGACAGCAAGAUCGCGGCGAUCAGAGAUUGGCCGACGCCCCGCACAUUGACAGAGUUGCGGUCGUUCCAAGGCUUAGCUAACUACUAUAGGAAGUUCGUGAGGAACUUCUCCACUAUCGCCGCUCCCUUGCGCCGAUUGCUGAAGAAAGAGGCAAUCUGGCAAUGGGACAAAGACUGUACGUCUGCGCUCAAGAAGCUAAAGCGCCCGUUAAUAGAAUAUCCUGUCUUCAAAGUUGCAGAUCCGUCUUUGCCAUUUGUCGUCACCACGGACGCGAGUCAGUAUGGGAUAGGCGCCGUGUUGCAGCAAGACGACGACAAUGGCUAUAGACCCGUAGAGUUCAUGUCAGCGAGGAUGCCCUGUGAGAAGGUUGCUGCCUCCACGUACGAAAGAGAACUCUACGCUCUCAGGCAGGCUUUAGAUCAUUAGAAGCACUACCUGCUUGGGAGGCACUUCAAAGUGUAUUCGGACCACGAAACGCUUAGAUGGUUAAAGACUCAAGCCAAGA